AUGAAACUUACUACAUUUGGUGGUGCUCGUGAUGAAGAUGUUCUACACUGGUUACAAGAUACUGAAUGUAUAUUUGAUAGCGUACAAUUACGACCAUUGAAUAAAUAUAUAGCCGUACAAUCGUAUUUAGUUGGUUUUGCUGCAAAAUGGUUUCGUUUUAACAAGAUGAAUAUUCCUGAUUGGUCUUCAUUUAAGAUUGCUAUUGCUCAAGCUUAUCAACCAUCAUUUAAUCGAACAUUAUCAGUAAUUGAACAACGAUCAAUAACCGUACAACAUGUUAAUUCCUCAUCCGUAUCACCCAAAACAACCCCAGAUUCCGGAUCAAAUUCAAAUAAACCUUCUCCACCAUCCUCGAAAAUUGAAAAAUCUUCAACACCUGAACGAAUAACAAAUGAUGAUCAACAAUUAACUAUUGUCGUUUUGCCUGAACCCUCAUCGCUUCAUCAAUUCGUACGUGAAAAUCUAACUGAAGAUUCAACUGUUGAUUAUAUACCAAAUACUUCGUCCCCGAUAAUUACAAUUACUCAAUCAACAUGUUCAUCUACAGUAGCCAUUGAUAAUCCUAUUACAUGCGAAGAUGAAUUACAAGAAAUACCAAAUGAUCAAGUUAAUUUAUAUUCGUCGAAUGAUCUUGGUGUAGUUCAUCGUGUACUUAGUCCGGUUCUGCAAUUAGUUAAAGUUAAUGUUCAUGGAAAGUAUAAUGAUACUAAUGUUGCUUUAUAUGUUACUCAUACUUUGAUUGAUCCAAAUAUAUUAGGAAUUGUUAUAACUCAUGUUCGUGAUCGUUUAUAG